GUUCUUUGGAAUUACCCACAUUCUUUCAUUUUAUCAGUUGCUUGCAGGAUCAGAUCUUAACUUAGUGUCUCCAAGCCUGGUCAUGCCCUUGUUGCCGUAGUUCCUGCCCCGUCUCCUAGGUUCUCCGCUCCGUGCUGCCAGGAGCAGCAGAGGGCGCCGAGACCGGCGGCACCACCCGGCAAGGUUCGCUUUCUCUCUGCGCUGGAUUUCCCCGUCCCGGGAUUUCCCGCUCCACCGCCAGGAGGGCCUUUAUAAAGAGCAGGCUGGAGCCAUUCUGAUAAAGCGUUGCAAAGCAGCAGGAUCCCGAUGUGCUUCUUCACCGAGAACAGAAAGCAAGGCUUUUGAAUUUACUUUCUUUACCUAGUAACAACAAUUACAAAUGUUAAAAGAGAUGGGAAGAACCAGCCAAGCUGUGGUAAUAAUUUUGUGUUUGUUAAUGACUGUUAAAGCUUUUGAAAUGGAGAUUGUGCCUGCUAACAGAAUUGUUGCACAGAUUGGAGAAACACUCACACUCACAUGCAAUACUACUGGCUGCGCAUCACCAAGUUUUUCCUGGAGGACCCAGAUGGACAACCCCCUCGGAGGAACAGUGAACAACCAUAAGACAUACUCUACCUUGACUAUGAAUCCAGUUACAGUUGUGAAUUCUCAUGAUUAUCUGUGCACUGUCUUCUGUGGUGAGAAAGACAAAAAAGAGAAGAGUAUCAAAGUAGAAAUUUACUCUUUCCCCAGUGAUCCUGUCAUUGAGAUCAGCCCAUCCUUAGUUUCUGGAGAACUAGCUACUGUCAUCUGUAAAAUUCCUAAUGUGUACCCUUCUGAUCACCUGGAAGUACUCCUAAUGAAAGGGGAACAUGUUCUUUUUGAGAAGACAUUUCAUGAAGAGGUCAGCACAAAUAUGGAGACCAAAACUGUGCCAUAUUCAUUUAAUCUCAAAGCUGACGAUAUUGGGAAAGAGAUUACCUGUGUAGCCAAGUUACCAAUUGCUGAUAUGGACUUUGAACCCAAAGAAAGAGUAACUUCUAAGAAACUGAAUGCAGACUUUGGUCCACGAAAUACUAUCAUUACUGCUUUUCCAGGCAACUCACCAAUGGAAGGAGACCCUCUAAAACUCACAUGUGUGACUGAAAGUAAUCCUCCAGCACAAAUAGUUUGGAGAAAGCAUCUGGCUGAUGAAAGUAUUCAGCAUCUGAUAGAAAACAGUACCCUUUUUAUUCCCCAAGUCCAUUUCACUGAUUCAGGACUGUACCUCUGUGAAGUAAACAAUCUGAUAACUAAUAAAACAGAGAAAGCAGCUGUGAAUGUUGCUGUACAAGGUGCUCCAAAAUUCACAGAACUCUCCAUCGAGCCUUCUACAACAGUUCAAGAAGGAGAAAAUGUUUCAAUACAAUGUUCUGCUGAGGGCAACCCUCCUCCCAAGAUUAUUUUAAGGAGAAAAUCUGACAGUGCAGACACAAGGCCUUACAGUGAGGGGAGAAUUCUCCUUCCAUCUGUGACGUUCCUAAGUGGAGGAAACUAUGAAUGUGUAGCAAAAAAUAAGUUUGGGGAAAGUGAAAGUGAAAUAACACUUAAUGUGGAGUAUGGACCAAGGAAUACGAUGAUCUCCAUUAUCCCUGCUACUGCUGUUAAAGAAGGAGAAACUGUGACAAUGGAAUGUACUAGUUCUGGCAAUCCAGCUCCUUUGAUCUCUUGGAAGAAAAAAGCAUCCAGUGGGGAGUCUGAGAAAAUUUUUAAAGAAGCAACAUUAACUAUACAGAACAUUAAAAUUCAAGAUCUGGGGCUUUAUGAAUGUGAAGCUUAUAAUAAAUUUGGCAAAGAAGAAAAAGCUGUGAAAUUACUUGUUCAAGGGAAGUUGGAAGGAACAGAUCAAAUGAUACCACUGAUUAUUGCAUUCUCCAGUGCAGCGGCAACAGCAGUACCCGUAGUUGCAAUUUUGAUCUAUCUGUCAAGAAAAGCAAAGAUAAAUGGGUCCUACAGCCUUGUAAAAGCACUCAGACUGAAAGUGUGAUUGUAUCAGUAUAAGUCUAUGUUUAUAAUAAGCAAUGUUAUUUAUUGUUGUGACUGGUUCUCUUCUAUGACAUAUGGUAACAAACAAGUGACUUAAGAACACUGCCAUAUGAUAUCAAAUAGAUUCUUCAUGUUUCAAUAAGUAUUUCAGUAUUUAAAUUCCAGGGAAAGCUAGCAUACUCUCCUAGAAACUGGUAAACACUUCUGUGUUGAAGCAUGCUGAACAAAGAGUUCCUUGGAGAACUAGGUUUGUACAUAGUGUAUAAAUUGUGUUAUAAAUAUAUUCAAGUGAAUAUCAGUUUGUAAAAUUACAGCCUUACUGCAACUGUACAGAGAAACGUUGUUAAUUCAGAGAUAUGGAUCAUGAUGACAAUAUUUUAUUUUGUAUUGCUGGACAGAAUGAAUGUUUUGAAUAUAAUUUGUCCUCUCAUAGUCAUGUUUUGAAAAUAUUCUCUUUUUCGUAUUGCCAUAAACUCUGUACCUUCACUGAAGUUACAUAAUCACUGGGCUAUGCAUUCCUAAUUAACUUAAAUUAAGAUCUCAAGGCUCCUUUCUGAAACAUUUUCUUUUAAAUAUUAUUCAGAAAGAGUAUGGGAUUAUAGUCUAGUUAGUUUUACGACAGCCAAGGUAUAUUUGCAGGGCUUAAUCAUUCUCAAAUCAAUGUCAGAAUUAGGUUGUUUUGUGAUGAGCCAAAUUAGACCCUUCAUCUAGAAUAUAAGCUGCCAAUAAAUGUGCUUUACAGACUUCCACCACAAAAUAAACUACCAGUAGGUUUCUUUGCCUAGAUCUCCCUAGUGAUUCUUGCUUAAGAUUAUGUUAGAAUACCCACUUCUGUGAAGGAACCAGUAAAAACUAUUGUCCUUAGCAACAGCAGAUUUUAGUGUCAUGGGAAGCCCUAGCUGUAAAGACACAAGCAAAGCAGGCAGAGGCUUAAAGACAGGUGAGGGGGAGAGGCAAGAUCUAUGAAUCCUCAGCAAUGGUGGUUCAGUUGUUUCCUGAAUAAAUGCCCUUCCCAAGCUGCUCACUGUGGAAAAUGAAACCGUAGACAACUGAUGCCUGCAUGCUUCACCCUGAUUUGAGUCUUUUUCCACCAUACACUCCCUCUAGUAUUCCAAAAUGGCUGUGAAAAUAGUGAGCUUUCUGUGCAGAGGCAAAGAAGAGGGGGAAGGAGAGGUGGUGUUUGGUGUUUUUCUCCCUUACAUUCCUUCUUCUGGCUAGCAAUGAUGCUUUGACUAAUAUGGUUGGUGAUGUUCAGCCCAGAAGGCAAGGCUGUGGGAGGUGCAGGCACUGAAACAGAGGUGUUGAAGUGCAUCUAGUCUUGGCAGCCUUGAGACACUGUUAGGAAGGUGGACUUGGCUGCCCCAAAAUUGCACAUAGAAGGUCAAGCAUAUAAGGUCAAACAGAGACAUGUGAAAAGAGUUGUACAUUAUACAAAUGGUAAUAACUACCCUCAACACCAGUACAUAAGCAGAUAUCUCUUGGAAGCCAGCUUCAGGAUGAGGCAGUGAUGUAGAUGUCCCAUAUCUUGCUCAUAGCAUGUUCAGCAGUGUUUUGUGCACAGUAAAUUAGUGCAUGCAUGGUCCUGCAUUUAUCUACAUUUGGAAAGGGAGGCUUGGAAAGUGGAGGUGUAGCAUUAAAAUUGGAGAGCAGUGUGGACUUGGCUUGGAGGAAUGUGAGCAUGCAGUAGGAGGGUGAAGAAAAGAUUGAAGACAGAGGAGGAGGAGAGCUUUGACAGGCCUAUGACAUAGAUUUUUUUGGAGGUGGUGCCAGGCAGAUUUAUUCAGAAUAAUGCCAGGCCUGUCUCAUUGCUGUCUUGUGAGCAAACCAGAAAGCCUGAUUUAUUUAUAUUUUUUCCACUGUGCAAAAGUUUGGUGCACACAUUUUCCUACCAGAUAGUUCUGGUAUUUGUAUCACAGGAAGGAUAGUUAGAAAAGAUACAGAGGAGUACUGGAAAACAGGAAAAAUGAAAAUGCCUGGGACUUUCCAGUUUGGAGAGGGAAUUCUGGAGGAGAAAGGGGUGAGAGUGAUGUUUUCCAAAUUGUUAAGGCAGUUGAUAAUGAACAACAGAAGCAGAACUGCUGUUUGCAAUGCCAGAACUGCAGGGCAUACGAACUGAGGGGAGAGAUGCUUAACAAAAAUAAUAGAAAGUAGUUCUUUACACAGUGAAUGGUGAAAUAUUGGAAGCUGCUGCAGAAGAUUGUGGAGGAUAGCAGUAUCAAAUAGCUCAAAAGGGGAAUGGGAAAAAUAGUGGACUAAAGGUCCAUAAACAGAUACUAAAAGGAGUAGGCAGAAAUGCACUGUAAAACAUCCCUAAUCCAAUGGUUUAUAAGACUGAGCAACCCUCAGGAAAUAUACUUCAUAAAG